AUGUAUCGAAUAUUGAAAGCCGAACUUCUGAAGUAUGGAGAGAAUACAUCAGUUCGUGGGAUUCCAAAGUUUUUAAAAUCUAAAGAAAUCUUCUUGAAACUACUUUGGCUGCUUUUUUUUCUAUUUUCAACAGGUUUUCUGACCUACAUGCUGGUUAAUUUAUUCACGAGUUAUUAUUCCUAUCCAAUUAUAACCAUGUCUGGAGAAAAAGGUACAAUUUUAGCCAUAUAUCGAUCUCCUGCUUCUUCCUUCGAUGCUUUUUUAAGACAUCUGGAAUGUAUUUUGGAUAAGCUUAAACCUACAACGGAUAUUUACCUUGUUGGUGACAUCAAUGUUGACCUAUCUAAAUGCACUACUCAAACUGGUAUUCUUUUAUCUGAUUUUUCGGACCAUUAUCCAAUAUUUUCAUUCUUCAAUAGCACAAAUUUGUCCUCUCAGCCACCUGGUAUCUUAGGUACUCGUCAUUUCACUACUAAAACUUUUGACAUUAUCAAUAAAAUUUUAUCCAUGACCAAAUGGGAUGAUGUACUUGGAUCUGAAAACGUUGAGACUGGUCAAAACAUAACGUUCCCUGACAUCACGAUAUGCAACUUGGAUCCAUUUAGCGAGGGAGAACCAAAUGAAUUAUCCAUGGAAAAUUAUUUAUCGCUGGUGAAAAAAUAUAAGACCGAGUGGCUAAAUCGAAUUCAUUCAAACAAUUUUCCAGAUGGUCUGAAAUCAGUUGAAAAUAUUGAAGAUAAAGUCAAAAAAAUUUUCGAUGAUCUUUUAACAGUUUCAGGUUAUUUGAUCAAUUUAAAUAAAGAUCGGCCAAAAUCGGAAGACUGUCCUAAUUUAGUCGUUGAUUGUAGUUUUUUCGGCACUGAUUGGUUUGAAACCAACGACUCGUGUUCAACUGAAACUUUUACCAGGCUUUGGAAUGCUAACUAUUUGAAUUGUUACACUCUGCAAAUGAGCAAUAUAAACAUAUCCAAUAAAAAUGUCAUCAGAGGAAUAAGUUUAUUGUUAAAUGUUGGUCCACCAAACUUCAUUAACGUUCCGUACCAAUUUUCACUGACUAAAUCCCAAGCAAGAGGUGUCCAGGUGAGUGUGCACAGUUCCGGGACUCCCGCUGAUCUCAAACGAGGAUUCAACGUGGCACCUGGAACUGAAAAUAUCGUAGAAAUUGUCCAAACGGAAAGAAAGCGCAUAGAUAAACCACACAACAAGUUGGGUUGCACUUUAAAAAAAACUUUGGAAAGCUCAAAUUCUACUAAAUACACGCAGGAUUUGUGCGUGGAAUACUGUGAACAAAAAUUGUCAAAGCAAAAUUCCAAUUGCGUUUCACAUCUGCUGAAUGUGCCUGUCGAGGAAUAUAACACUGUUGUUUGUGGCAAUUUGAGUUAUGUUUUUUCAUUGAACGAAUCUUCGAUUGAUUUGAUAAACGAGGAGUCAACGAAUAACAUUAUAUUUUCUCAGUUAGUUGCUAAAUAUGGAUUGAAAGCUAUUUUUGAAGAUGAUGAUGACAGUUGUGCUGACCAAUGCCUAGUUCCUUGCCAAGAAAUAAUCUACGACACGCAGCUGACAUCAGCAACCUGGCCACAACCCUCAGUAGAACUGGAUUUGUUUCAAAAAUAUUUCAUUGACAAUGAAUGUAUGGAUAAUGUCAAGGUCAAAUCAAGAUACAUAAACUACUACAACACAAUUAAGCAAGUUGGGAAUGUUCCACUUUCAAAUUUAACACAAAUAGGUGAAUCAAUGCUUGAAAUCAAAUUCAUCAUGCCACAAAACUGUCCAUACUUCCUAGCCGACACACCGGCAUACACGAGUGACAUGAUGAUCGGAUCAGCGGGAGGUAUGUUGUCACUCUGGCUGGGAAUAACAAUAGCAAGUGGUGUGGAGUUUGUGGAAAUGGUUUAUUUGCUGAUCAAACGUUUUUGGGAGGAUAAAAAUAUCCAAAGUACAAAUGAAGAAAAGGGCACUGGAAUAUCUGACAGGAAUAAGAGCAAAAAUGUCAUUUCUACCGAUAUAUCCACAUAG